AUGGGUUCAUGUUGUAGUUGCUUGAAAGAUUCUUCAGACGAGGCCAGUGUCUCACCAAUUGCCGAUAAUGAAAGAGAAGCGGUGACCUUAUUACUAGGGUAUUUGGAAGAUAAAGAUCAAUUAGACUUCUACUCAGGCGGUCCACUGAAGGCCCUAACGACUUUGGUGUAUUCAGAUAAUCUAAAUCUGCAAAGGAGCGCCGCUCUGGCAUUCGCAGAAAUUACUGAAAAAUACGUCCGCCAAGUCUCUAGAGAAGUACUAGAACCUAUCUUAAUAUUAUUACAAAGUCAAGACCCACAAAUUCAAGUGGCCGCUUGUGCGGCCCUGGGUAAUUUGGCCGUUAAUAAUGAAAAUAAAUUAUUGAUAGUGGAAAUGGGAGGCUUAGAACCAUUGAUAAAUCAAAUGAUGGGUGACAACGUGGAAGUUCAAUGUAAUGCUGUUGGAUGCAUUACCAAUUUAGCCACAAGGGAUGACAAUAAACACAAAAUUGCUACUUCCGGUGCUUUGAUUCCAUUAACUAAGCUGGCCAAAUCCAAACACAUUAGAGUCCAGAGAAAUGCUACAGGCGCAUUAUUAAAUAUGACACAUUCUGAGGAAAAUAGAAAGGAAUUGGUUAACGCAGGUGCUGUGCCCGUAUUGGUAUCUUUACUGUCGUCUACAGAUCCUGAUGUCCAGUACUAUUGUACCACCGCUUUAUCGAAUAUUGCAGUGGAUGAAGCCAAUCGCAAGAAGCUGGCUCAAACUGAGCCAAGAUUAGUCUCCAAACUGGUGAGUCUGAUGGAUUCUCCAUCUUCCAGAGUAAAAUGUCAAGCUACUUUGGCUUUACGAAACCUAGCAUCCGAUACAAGCUACCAAUUAGAAAUUGUAAGAGCUGGCGGUUUGCCUCAUUUGGUGAAAUUAAUUCAAAGUGAUUCUAUACCACUGGUUUUGGCUAGUGUAGCAUGCAUUAGAAAUAUUUCUAUUCACCCAUUAAAUGAAGGUUUAAUUGUUGAUGCCGGUUUCCUAAAACCAUUAGUAAGAUUGCUGGACUAUAAAGAUUCUGAAGAAAUUCAAUGUCACGCCGUAUCUACGUUGAGAAAUUUGGCUGCAUCGUCUGAAAAAAACAGAAAAGAGUUCUUCGAGAGUGGCGCCGUAGAAAAAUGUAAGGAAUUGGCUUUAGAUUCACCUGUUAGUGUCCAAAGUGAGAUUUCGGCAUGCUUUGCUAUUUUAGCCUUGGCAGAUGUCUCUAAACUGGAUCUACUAGAAGCAAAUAUUUUGGAUGCUUUGAUCCCUAUGACUUUCUCACAGAACCAAGAAGUCUCUGGUAAUGCUGCUGCUGCUUUGGCAAAUCUAUGUUCAAGGGUGAACAAUUACACAAAAAUUAUUGAAGCAUGGGAUCGUCCGAAUGAAGGCAUUCGUGGGUUUCUGAUUAGAUUUUUGAAAAGUGACUAUGCUACAUUUGAACACAUUGCGCUAUGGACAAUUCUACAAUUGCUAGAAAGCCAUAAUGAUAAAGUUGAGGGUUUGGUUAAGAAUGAUGACGACAUCAUUAAUGGAGUGAGAAAAAUGGCGGAUGCGACUUUUGAGCGUUUACAAAGAUCGGGAAUUGAUGUUAAAAAUCCGGGGAGCAACAAUCCAAACUCGAAUGAUAAUAGUAGUAAUAACAACGAUACAGGGUCUGAACAUCAACCCGUAGAGGACGCCAGUUUGGAAUUGUAUAAUAUUACUCAACAGAUUUUACAAUUUUUACAUUGA